UGAUUUUUCAUCUUCUGCACAAUCGUGGGAGCAAACUGCCACUGGUGCUGUCUCCUCGACGCCUGAUUAAAUUUGGUAUUCUUAGAAGAAGAAGAAGAAGAAGAAGUCUGUGAUUUCUAAACUCAUCAAAAACAGUAAACUGCGUCCAAAAAACGAAGAUGAGCAAAGAAUGGAAGCGAAAAGAGCUAAGCAUAUUAGUGAUAUAUGCGAUUGCUUUCUACGCCUUCAUAAUCCAUCGGUCCCUUCAUCUCUCUCACGAUCAUAAAUCAAAGCUCUACGGUUUACGCAAUGGAUGGCUUCUUCCUCCUCGUCUCAAUGAUGGUUCCGAUGCUCAAUGGAGAAACUUUCGCGUAAACUUACCAAUUCUUACUGUUGUUUUUGGAAUGUUUAGUGUGCUGGCCAAUAGCUUCAGAGCUUUUUUUUAUUUGAAAGCAAAGGGAAUGUCAAUUGUUUGGCUUUUCAUUUCUCUAGCCUACUUACUAUAUCUUCAUGGAGCUUGCACUCUAUUUAUCCUGCUCAUUGCCUCGGCUAAUUUUGUUUUAGUAAAGGUUUUUGCACAAACAAACUACUUCUCUUUCCUACUUUGGGUUUUCAACAUUUUUUUCCUUCUUUGUAAUCGGGUUUAUGAAGGGUAUUCAUUCUCCAUUUUUGGUCAAAGAUUGGCAUUUUUGGAUAACUUUCGAGGCACCUUUCGGUGGCACAUUUGCUUUAAUUUUGUUAUUUUACGCAUGAUAAGCUUUGGAUAUGAUUACCAUUGGGCAAAUCAAGAUUCUCGUUUUGAUCAAAAGAAGCACAUUCAACGUUGCCAUGUUUGCAAGUCAGGAAAAACAUGCUACCAAUUUCUACAGGAGAGAAGUACCCCAAAUGUGAAUUUUUCCUUUAGCAUAUACCUUUCUUAUUUGGUAUAUGCACCACUCUAUAUUGCCGGACCAAUUAUGAGCUUCAAUGCCUAUGCCUCACAGUUAGAUAUGCCUCAGAAGAAUUAUGCUGCCCGAGAUGUUUUUUGGUAUGGGUCGCGUUGGAUAUUUAGCUUUCUUCUGAUGGAACUUUUCACUCAUCUUUUUCAUUACAAUGCUUUUGCAAUCAGUGGCCUCUGGAAAUUGUUAUCCCCUAUGGACAUAUUCAUCAUAGGAUACGGGGUAUUAAACUUCAUGUGGCUAAAAUUUUACCUCAUUUGGCGCUAUUUCCGAUUCUGGUCACUGAUUUGUGGCGUUGAAGCCCCUGAGAACAUGCCAAGGUGCAUUAAUAAUUGCUACAACUUGGAGACUUUUUGGAAAAAUUGGCAUGCUUCAUACAAUAAAUGGCUAGUGAGGUACAUGUAUAUUCCCCUGGGGGGAACACAGAGAAAGCUACUUAAUAUAUGGGUAAUAUUCACAUUUGUUGCGGUCUGGCAUGAUCUAGAGUGGAAACUUAUUUCAUGGGCAUGGUUGACAUGUUUAUUCUUUAUCCCAGAAAUGUUGGUGAAGUCGGUGGCAAAUGGAAUGCAGGCAGAGAAUGCUUUUGGGGAGUUCCUUUUCCGAGAACUUAGAGCAGUGGCCGGUGCUAUCACCAUCACAUGUCUAAUGGUCGCAAACCUUGUUGGCUAUGUUAUUGGACCAUCAGGCAUUAAUUGGCUGAUUUCACAAUUUCUUACCAGAAAAGGAUUACCUGUAUUUGGUGGCAUGUUUAUAACAUUUUAUGUGGGGACAAAGCUUAUGUUCCAUAUUGAUGAUGCCAAGCAAAGGAAGCACUAAAUUAAGUUUCCCCUGAUGAAGGUUCUAUACUCGGCCUAUACCACUGAAUGCUUGACCUCAGUUAAAAAUGAGAAGGAUAUCAUUGCUACUAAGAAUAGGACACAUGAACCCAUGAGCUUCAGUUGUGAAAAUGAAAAGGAAACCAUUGCUGCUAAGAAUAGGACACCAUCACCAUCGUGACCCUUAGAAUAAUAGAUUUGAGCCUCUUUUAUGCGCCCCUCAGUUUGUAGAUUUUACAAUAUUAAUCUUCAAAGGAAGAAUACAUAACCUCCUUAAUUAAAGCCAGACGAUUCAGUGCAAUGUUUCAUGUUAUAAUCAACAGCGGCUUUCUUAUAUAGAUUGGCCCGUCAUCUGUUCAUGCAAA